AUGGCCUCCAAUGGCGCUACGAACGGUCAAAGCGACAACCGAAAGCGAUUCUUCUUCGACAUCGACAACUGCCUGUACCCCAAAUCCUACAAAAUCCACGACAUAAUGGCCGAUCUAAUAGACGACUACUUCCAAUCGCACCUCACACUAUCCCGCGAAGAAGCCACCGGACUGCACCAAAGAUACUACAAAGACUACGGCCUCGCCAUCGAAGGCCUCGUCCGCCACCACAAAGUCGACCCCUUGGAAUACAACGCCAAAGUCGACGAUGCGUUGCCACUGGAAGACAUCAUCAAGCCGGAUCCCAAAUUACGGAAACUGAUCGAAGACAUCGAUCGGGAGAAGGUCAAGCCGUGGUUGUUUACGAAUGCGUAUAUUACGCAUGGGAAGCGGGUGGUCAAGCUACUGGGAAUCGAUCAUUUGUUCGAGGGGAUCACUUAUUGUGAUUAUGGUGCCGAAAAGCUGCUUUGCAAGCCGGAUCCGGAUAUGUUUGCGAAGGCGAUGCGGGAGUCGGGGGCGACUGAUCGGUCGCAAUGUUAUUAUGUUGACGACUCCGGAUUGAAUGCGAUUGGUGGCAAGGCAUACGGUUGGCAUACUGCACAUCUGGUCGAGCCAUGCGUCAAGUCACCGCCGGAGCCUCUUGGGAACUAUCAAAUAGCAGAUCUUGAGGAGCUACGGACAAUCUUCCCGGAAUGCUUCAAACCAACAUGA